GUGCCUUUGACACCACAGCCCGCAGCCACCUCCUGUCUGUCGACAUGUUGUCCAGUUGUUUGUUGAGGGCGGUGAUAGUGGUGAUCUUCACAACUGUAUCAAAUGCAAUCCUGUGGUCGUCAUCAACAGAAGUGGAGGAAAACAUCACAGCAUGUGUAGGAGAUGACCUAUCAAUCCCAUGGUCCUUCACGACCAGCCCAACAGAAACUGUCAUUGGCAUCACGUGGUUUCUGGAGAAAAAUGAGGGAAAGAGAACGAUGUUCGCCAGCCUUAUAGACGGCGAGUUUUUCUCGUUGUCAAGGCAACACGUGCAGCUCGUGUCCAACGCUGGUGUCCGGCUACAGAACGUGACUGUCAACGACACGGGGCUGUACUCUGUACACGUCAGCACAUCCGACGGCGGUGGUCACGUGACCAUUAGCAACCAUUCUGCUGCUGUGCAAGUGUCGGCUCCUCCAACUCUGUCUGGGGGUCAGCUCCUAGCUCGCCAUCGCCCUGCGCCAGUGAAGGAUGAGGUCACUGGGAUGUGGCACGUGAUGCUGGAAUGUGGGCAGUUCAUGGACAGGGGUCAACCGCCGGUCAUUGCCGAAUGGACUUCACCAUCAGGAGUCAUUUACACAGACAUCCAUUACCAGGACGGUUACUUUCUCCUCCCCCUGCAGACAGUGGAGUCAGGUAACUACACUUGCUCUUUCCUAGAGCAGGGACCGGCAAGGCGAUGUAUUGCCAGCGACUCCAUUGUACUAGGGGAGGCAACUGUCUACGUGGACGGCGACAAUGUGAAAUGGAAUCUGAUGGAGGCCAAUGAAAGGGAGCUGAUAGAGAAAGAGAAGAUUCUGAGACAGGAGAACCAGUUGUUGCAGUCCGAAGUCCAAAAUCUGACACAGAUGGUUCACCAGUUCCAACAAGUGGUAGAUCUUCAAGAUUCGUCUUGUUUAGCUGUACUACAACAUUCUACCAUGAGUGGUGUUUACCAAAUUUUCGUGGGAAAAGUAUCGAUGUCCGUCUACUGCGACCAGGUCACCGACGGGGGAGGAUGGACGGUGUUUCAGCGUCGUCAAGACGGUUCCGUUAGCUUUUCCCGUAACUGGACAAACUAUAGACAGGGCUUUGGUGAUCUGAACAAAGAGUUCUGGCUAGGACUGGACAAUCUGCAUACCUUGACAUCGUCCCGCAGGUACGAACUGCGGGUGGACCUGGAAUCCUUCAACGGGACUCGGGCGUCCGCAACUUACAGCAACUUUAGGAUUGGCGACAUCAGCACCAACUAUACAUUCGACUUUGAUGAUUUUAUUGGCGGAAAUGCAGGGGACAGCCUGACAUUCCACAGAGGGUCCGGAUUCUGGACAAGGGAUCGUGACAACAAAUAUUCCUGUGGUCUGAUGUGGAGCGGGGGAUGGUGGUACUACAAUUGUCUCUACGCUAAUCUCAACGGUAUCUACAGACCAACUGCUAAGACACCACCAUCUGAUGGAGUCAUCUGGAAAGAUUUUACAGGCUUUCGUGAAUCGUUGAAACGGACUGAAAUGAAAAUCCGACCCACGUAGCGAAAGUUUUAAUUUUGGUUACAGUUGGUAUUCAGGGAUCUCAUUAAAGGUUUUAUUAUCUGA